UAUCGUGCAGCCAGGCUCCCUCGCAGCUCGAGGCAGCUGGGCCAGUGGGGUGUGUGCAGACGACCCUCUGCCCUGGAGCCCCUUGGAGGCACCACCAUGUACUCGGGAGCCGACCUGGUUCUUGUGCCUCUGGCACCGCCGCUGCCCCCCCUCCAAGGAUAUGUCUUCAAGCCGCCACCCAGACCCGACUUCGGGACCUUGGGGAGAACCAUCAAGUUAAAGGCCAACUUCUUUGAAAUGAACGUUCCAAAAAUUGACAUCUAUCACUACCAGUUGGAUAUCAAGCCAGAGAAAUGCCCACGGAGAGUGAACAGGGACAUUGUGGAGCACAUGGUCCAGCAUUUUAAAACUCAGAUCUUCGGGGACCGGAAGCCUGCGUUUGAUGGGAGGAAGAACCUCUACACGGCCACGCCACUGCCUAUUGGGCGGGAGAAGGUGGAGCUGGAGGUCUCGCUGCCAGGCGAAGGGAAAGAUCGCAUCUUCAAGGUGUCCAUCAAGUGGGUGUCCUGCGUGAGCCUGCAGGCAUUACAUGAUGCGCUUGCGGGGCGGCUGCCCAGCAUCCCCUUCGAGUCUAUCCAGGCCCUGGACGUGGUCAUGAGGCACCUGUCAUCCAUGAGAUACACACCUGUGGGCCGCUCCUUCUUCACCCCCUCCGAGGGCUGCUCCAACCCGCUGGGCAGUGGCCGAGAAGUGUGGUUUGGCUUCCAUCAGUCUGUCCGCCCUUCUCUUUGGAAGAUGAUGCUCAAUAUUGAUGUCUCCGCGACGGCAUUUUACAAGGCGCAGCCCGUCAUCAAGUUUAUUUGUGAAGUUUUGGAUUUUAAAAGUAUUGAAGAACAACAAAAACCUCUGACAGAUUCCCAAAGAGUCAAGUUUACCAAAGAAAUCAAAGGUCUAAAGGUGGAGAUCACACACUGUGGGCAGAUAAAAAGGAAGUACCGCGUCUGCAACGUUACCCAGCGACCAGCCAGCAGCCAAACGUUCCCCCUGCAGCAGGAGAACGGGCAGACAGUGGAGUGUACGGUGGCCCAGUACUUCAAGGACCGGUACAAGCUGGUGCUGCGCUACUCCCACCUCCCCUGUUUACACGUUGGCCAGGAGCAGAAACACACUUACCUUCCCCUCGAGGUCUGCAACAUCGUGGCGGGACAGAGAUGUGUAAGGAAACUGACCGACAAUCAGACCUCAGCCAUGAUAAGAAUGACGGCCAGGUCAGCGCCUGAUCGGCAGGAAGAGAUUAGCAAGCUGAUGAGAAGUGUGAACUUUAAGACCGACCCCUACGUCCGGGAUUUUGGGAUCACAGUCAAGGAUGAGAUGAUCGACUUGACCGGGCGGGUUCUGCAGCCGCCCUCCCUCGUAUUCGGGGGCCGGAAUAAAGCAAUUGCCACGCCUGUGCAGGGUGUCUGGGACAUGAGGAACAAGCAGUUCCACACAGGCAUUGAGAUCAAGGUGUGGGCCAUCGCCUGCUUCGCGCCCCCGCGCCAGUGCACUGAGGCCCACCUCAGAUCCUUCACAGAGCAUCUCAGAAAGAUCUCGAGGGACGCGGGGAUGCCGAUCCAGAGCUAUCCGUGCUUCUGCAAGUACUCCCAGGGCGUCGACAGUGUGGAGCCCAUAUUCCGGCACCUAAAGAACACAUACACGGGCCUGCAGCUGGUGGUGGUUAUCCUGCCGGGCAAAACCCCCAUCUACGCCGAGGUGAAACGCGUGGGGGACACGGUGCUGGGGAUGGCCACCCAGUGCGUGCAGAUGAAGAAUGUGCAGCGGACCACGCCCCAGACGCUGUCCAACCUCUGCCUCAAGAUCAACGCCAAGCUGGGGGGCGUGAACAACAUCCUGUUGCCGCAGGGCAGGCCGCCUGUAUUCCAGCAGCCAGUCAUCUUCAUGGGGGCUGAUGUCACGCACCCUGCUGCAGGGGACGGUAAGAAGCCAUCCAUCACUGCUGUCGUAGGCAGCAUGGACGCUCACCCCAACCGCUACUGCGCCACCGUGCGAGUGCAGCAGCACCGCCAGGAGAUCAUCCAGGACCUGGCGGCCAUGGUGCGUGAGCUGCUCAUCCAGUUCUACAAAUCCACACGCUUCAAGCCCACGCGCAUCAUCUUCUACCGCGACGGUGUGUCCGAGGGGCAGUUCCAGCAGGUCCUGCACCACGAGCUGCUGGCCAUCCGCCAGGCCUGCAUCUCGCUGGAGAAGGACUACCAGCCAGGCAUCACAUUCAUCGUGGUGCAGAAGCGGCACCACGCACGGUUCUUCUGCACAGACAAGAAGGAGCGAGUGGGGAAGAGCGGAAACAUUCCAGCAGGCACCACCGUGGACACGAAGAUCACCCACCCAACCGAGUUCGACUUCUACCUGUGCAGUCACACUGGCAUCCAGGGAAUAAGCAGGCCUUCCCACUACCACGUGCUUUGGGAUGACAAUUGUUUCUCUUCCGAUGAGCUGCAGAUCCUCACCUACCAGCUAUGUCACACCUACGUGCGCUGCACGCGCGCUGUGUCUAUCCCAGCGCCAGCAUACUACGCUCACCUGGUGGCCUACCGGGCCAGGUACCACCUGGUGGAUAAAGAACAUGACAGUGCUGAAGGAAGCCAUACCUCCGGGCAGAAUGAUGGGCAGGACCACCAGGCGCUGGCCAAGGCAGUCCAGGUCCACCAGGACACGCAGCGCACCAUGUACUUUGCUUAACAUGUUGUGUUUACAACUGUGUGCGGAGUC